GGCUCAUGCAGUUUUUUAAGCAAGUUGCAGUGAAUCUAAGACUUACUAAGUAUGCGUUUAUAAGGACCCUUACUGCUAAGCAAAAUUUAAAAGCCGUUUGCGAAACCUCUGCUGGAACUUUUGUAUUAGAACUUUUUUCAAAAAUGCUCCCCAUAACAGUUGGUAGCUUCAUUGAUCUCUCUCGAAAAGGCUUUUAUGAUGGCUUGCACUUCCAUCGUGUAAUCAAAGACUUUAUGAUUCAGUUUGGUUGUCCUUAUUCUAAAGAUCCUUUUUCACAUAUGGUAGGAACUGGCGGGCCGACACCAUUUAGUACCUUCCAAAGUUGUGAUGGUUCGUCUUGUGUUAGGGAUUCGUACGGAAACAUAAUAGAUGAGUGGAUUCAUAAAAUAAGCAAUACUCCCGGCACUGUGUCGAUGGCUAAUACUGGAAAGAAAAAUACAAGCGGUUCGCAAUUUUUUAUAAACGUUGCGGACAACACUUUCUUGGAUUACUGGAGACCGACUCCCAGCGGACAUCCAGUCUUUGGUGAAGUUAUAUCUGGAAUGGACGUAAUUAAUAAUAUCAGUCGUGUAAAGACUAAUAUAAAUGAUGCUCCUGUUACUCCUGUUAAAAUGCUUCGGGUUACUAUUGAAUGAUAGCCGUAAGCUUCACUCUAAUAAACUUC